AAAAUGUUCGCGACUUCUGAAUUAAUUGGAAAAAAUUUUAAAAUAAAAAUAAUAAUAAGCAGGAUUAAGUUAAAAAAAAUAAACUUCUGAAGAUGGAACCAUCAAUAGAAGCAGUAGUUGUUGAUAAAAAUAAUCAACCGUGCAAUUUGUGUUAUGGAAUGUUGGAAACGAUCAAAGGUGAAGUCCAACAAUAUUCGCAGAAGACGAAUGACAAUCCCAAUAGAAAUUGAAAGCUCGCUUGCUAAACAUUUCAACGAUAAUAAUAAUAUAAAUUAUGACGGAGAUGAUUAUGAUAAAAGUCGCGGUUAUGAUUAUUGCUGUGGUAUGAGUAGAACGUUAUUUAAUCAGCGUAAUGAUCAAGCAGCUGUACAAUUAAUUUAUUCCGUCGACAGUCAGGAGUCAAGUGAUUUUUCAGUCAAUAAUAAUAAUAGUAGUAUAAUAUGGAGGUCGAAACGUUGGAAAAUAAUAGCUGGAGUGGCGGUACUUGCUGUGAUAGCAAUCGUGAUAGUAGCUGUAUUAUUAUUAUCUAAGGAAAGUAAAAAAAUCGACGAAAAUAACGACGAUGUAGAAAAAAUACCAGAUGUUGAAGAAUAUCAAUUACCAUCGUUGAGUAAACUUGGUGAAUUUAAGCGCGGUGCAGUGUGUGUUGAUGAUGCUUAUUGCGCUGAAGUAGGAAGCAAAAUUUUAGAACGCAAUGGUUCCGCGAUUGACGCGGCAAUCGCUGCGGCUCUCUGUAAUGGAAUGGCAAACAUGCAAAACAUGGGACUCGGUGGUGCAUUUGUAAUGACAGUUUAUGACAAAGCCUCUAAAAAAGCCUACUACUUAAAUGCGCGAGACCGAGCACCUAUGGCAGCCUUUGGAGACAUGUAUAGAAAUAAAAGUAAAAACGCGUCAUUUACUGGUCCACUAGCUGUGGCAGUUCCUGGAGAAAUUGCGGGUUAUUGGGCAGCACAUCAAAAGUUUGGUAGAUUGCCAUGGGCUGAAUUGUUUACUGACGCUAUUGCGAUGUGUGAAAAUGGAUGGAAACUAUCUAACGCUCAGUGGAGUGAUUUAUUUCAAAAUAAAGCUAGUAUUGAAAAUGACCCUACGUUGAGAUCCUUGUUUGUCAAUGAAACGACAAAAGAAUUCAAAAAACCAGGAAGUAUUAUCAAAGCUGACAAGCUUUGUAAAACAUACAAAGUAUUGGCUGAAAAAGGCGCAGACGAAUUUUAUAAUGGAACGUUGGGACGAACUCUUAUUGAGGAUUUACGAAAACACGGUGGUAUUUUAACGAUGGAUGAUUUAAGUACUUACUCCGCUAAAUGGCAAGAGCCUUUGGAAACUGAACUGUCUGACGGUUUGAAAUUAUUUACAUCGAAUUUUCCAACUAGCGGUGCGCUGCUUAUAUUUAUUAUGAACAUCUUUGAUGAAUUUAAAUUUAAUCCAAACAGUUUGAAUGGCGAUGAAAAUACUAUCAAAACAUAUCACAGAAUGAUUGAGACUUUUAAAUACGCUUAUGCUGUGAGAAGUAAAUUAGGUGAUCCUGAAUUUCAUGAUAUGACUGAGUUAGCGAAUAAUUUAACCUCGAGAGAUUAUGCUCGAGCUAUAAAAGCUCGAAUAAAUGACUCAAGAACGUGGAAUGAUGCUGCUCAUUACGAAGGAGGUACUCAGCUUCUUGAAGAUCAUGGCACUGCUCAAAUUUCAGUUGUGUCGCCUGAUGGUGAUGCUGUUUCAAUUACUAGCACUCUUAAUACCUUCUUCGGCAGUGGUUUAGUCAGCGAAAAUACUGGAAUUUUGCUCAACAGCGGUAUGGAUGAUUUUUCAAUUCCAUACAUAAUAAAUUACUUCGGUUUACCUGGUAACGCAAAGGAGAAUUUAAUUGAACCUGGAAAAAGGCCUUUUUCAUCAAUGGUCCCGUCAGUUCUUGUGGAUCCUAAUGGUGACCUUCGUAUGGUAAUUGGCUCAUGCGGUGGUACUAAAAUAACAACAUCAGCAGCUUUCGUAAUGGCACGGACUCUAUGGAUGAACAAUACUAUCAAACAGGCAAUUGACGCUCCAAGAAUCCAUCACCAACUCUAUCCAAUGAAAGUUGGCUAUCAAUAUGGUGUAUUAAAGUCUGUAAUUGAAGGAUUGCAGAAGCUUGGACACGAAACAGCGCGAUACAGAGGUCGAGGCAGUGUCGUAUGUGCUAUUGAAAAAUUAAAUGGUUUGCUUUAUGGAAAUGCUGACUAUAGACGAAACGGAGGUGUUAGUGGUAUUAAUUGAAAAUUUUAAUAAAAUUUCUAUCUAUUUUUCUUUUAACUUAA